AUGCUUGGUUUCAUAGCAGAUCAGAAUGAAGAGAAGUCAGAUAUCAGUAAGCCUCCAGAGUCUCCACUGUCUGAUGCCUCAGCAGAGAAGGCCGCACAAGGCUCUGACACUGACCUAGAUGUUGAAGAUCCUAGGAAAGCCUUUGCAGGUGUUAGGGGUGCAGAGCUGUACCUGGAAGCAUGCAGACUGAUGGAGGUGGUGCCUGUCUCACACUUUGCUCGGAACUUAGCCAAGUCUUAUAUAAACCUGAACCACCAUGGUCUAGGACCCAAAGGUGUCAAAGCCAUUGCUAUUGCUCUAGUGUCCAAUGCAACUGUCACCCACUUAGAGCUGGAAGAUAACCACAUUCUGGCAGAAGGAGCCGUAUGCAUAGCAGAGAUGUUACGAGAGAACUGCUCUAUUCGAGAACUGGUACCCAAUCUGAUGCAGUUUUUAGCCAAAACUGUCAAUACAACACUAGAGAUUCUGGAUCUGAGCUGGAACCACCUGAGGAGGAAGGGAACAGUAGCAUUUGGCACAGGUCUUAAGGGCAAUGCUGCACUGAAAACACUCAACCUGUCUUGGAACAGCAUUGGGAAUGAGGGAGCACAGGCCCUAGCAGAAGCUCUCAAAGUUAACAAUGCGCUGAUUCACCUGGACAUCAGCAACAACCAGAUCGACAAUGAGGGAGCCAAGAAGAUCUGCAAAGGCCUUAAAGUCAAUGGAACACUGAAAGUCCUGAAGAUGGCCAAUAAUCUCUUGACCGUGGAAGGUGCCACUGAGCUAGUGGGAUCUGUCAGAAAGAACCCCAAUUCCAUGAUGGAAGAGAUCAACAUCUCAAAUGUCCUGGUGAAUGAAAAUUUCAUCAAGUUGUUGGAGUUAGUGUAUCAAACACGCCCUGAACUAAAUGUUAUCUACGGGGAAGUUGAAGGCUGCAUCUCCAAAAUCUCCAAGCAGCAUCCAAAUCCUAUGAAAGUGAUUCAGAAAUAUUUGAAUGAACACAACCUACGACUCUGGGACUUUUUUAGGAAAAUUGACAAGGAUGGAAACAUGAAGAUCCCUGUGUCAGAUUUCAGGAGAGCCAUGAUGCAGCAAUCAAACAUCCAACUGGAUCGAGUCCAAAUUGUGGAACUAGUGCGAAAACUAGACCAGAAUCAGACAGGGAUUGUAGACUAUAGUCACUUGAAAGAGCAAAAGCCAGAACAGAAACCUGUGAAAGAGGAAAUAAAGGAGGAGACGAAAAAAUGA